UCCAUAAUCUCCAAGAACGCGAAGAGAAGUUCACCCGUGAAAAAAAGCCCCAGGGAGAUGACGAAUCAGUCGGAGGCAGACACUUUUCCCGACCCCAAGGACGCGCACGGGGGCAAACUCUCCCCUCCCGGUGGCGGUGUUGGUGCACACGGAGACGCCGACGCCCGUCACGGUCACACCCUCCAUGGAGCAGGAGCGGGAGACAACUUCUCUCCGUCCACGCAGCCUCCACUGUCCGCCUCCGCAGGAGCCAUGUUCCCCUAUCCGAGCCAGCACGGAGCCGCGGCGGCAGCCGCCGCGCACGCCGCCUUCUCCAUCGGCAGCCCCGGCCGCUACGUGGCCCACCACCCGGUGCUCGCCAACGGAGCCUACAACGGCCUGCUCAGCAACACGUCCGCCCAGGGAUACCCGUCACCCGCCGCCGGCUACCCGUACGCGCAGCAGUACGGACCCGCGUACCAGGGAGGCGCUUUCUACCAGUUCUCGCCGGCACAAGCUGCCGGGCUGGUGACGGGCAAGGCGCAGGUGUACCUGUGCAACAGGGCCCUGUGGCUCAAGUUCCACAGGCACCAGACGGAGAUGAUCAUCACCAAGCAGGGACGGAGAAUGUUCCCGUUUUUAAGCUUCAACAUUUCAGGCCUGGACCCAACCGCUCACUACAACAUUUUUGUGGAUGUUGUUCUGGCUGAUCCAAAUCACUGGAGGUUCCAGGGAGGCAAGUGGGUGCCCUGCGGAAAAGCGGAUACUAAUGUCGUUGGAAAUCGAGUAUACAUGCAUCCAGAUUCGCCAAACACGGGUGCGCAUUGGAUGCGUCAGGAAAUAUCCUUUGGCAAACUGAAGCUGACGAACAAUAAAGGUGCAACCAACAACACGGCACAGAUGGUGGUCCUGCAGUCUCUGCACAAGUACCAGCCUAGGCUGCACGUGGUGGAAGUGAAUGAGGACGGCACGGAGGAUAGCAGCCAGCCAGGCAGAGUACAGACGUUCACCUUCACCGAGACUCAAUUCAUCGCUGUCACGGCCUACCAGAACACCGACAUUACUCAACUGAAAAUUGACCACAACCCUUUUGCAAAAGGAUUUCGGGACAACUAUGAUACCGUGUACACAGGCUGCGACAUCGAUCGCCUGACUCCGUCCCCGGGCGACUCCCCACGCUCGCAGUUCGUGGCCGGACCCCGGUACGCCAUGCACAGCCCCUUCCUUCAGGAGCAGUUUGUCAGCUCUUACGCCAAAUCUCGCUUCCACCCCGGCGUGGCUGCGGCGGCUUCUGGCGCGGACCGCGGCGUUCCCCUCGGCAACAGCUUGCAGAGCGACGAGGCCUCGGUGGGCACCCCCCCGCAGCGAUGGUUCGUCUCCCCUGCCAACAACCGGCUGGACUUCACCUCUUCGGCGUACGAGGCCGCCGACUUCGCCGGUAACGCCGCCACCCUGCUGUCGUACGCCGCGGCCGGAGUCAAGGCGCUCCCAUUGCCCGCGGCGGGCUGCUCCAACCGGGCCCUCGGCUACUACACGGACCCUUCCGGGUGGGGGGGACGCACUCCGCCGCAGUACUGCGGGGGAGUCAGCGGCAAAGCCAGCUCCGUGUUCCCCUGCUGGCCCGCCAACUCCAUCGGGGGGAGGAGCAACUGCCUGGCGGAGGAGGGUGACUCCGCCCCCACGCAGAGGUCGCCGGUCGGCACAGAGGAGGCCAAAGCCAAGGACGUGACCUCAGAGUCGAGCUGGAUCGAGACACCGUCGUCUAUUAAAUCCAUCGACUCGAGCGACUCCGGCAUCUUCGAGGCAGUCAAACGGAGGCGGAUGUCGCCCUCCUCCACCCCGGUGCCAGACUCCAUGUCGCCCCUAAAGUCGGACUUACUGAGAGAGGACAAAAACUGCUCUAAGGACAUUCCUGCCAGGCGACAGCAGCUGUUAAAAAAAAAUGAUGAUGAAGCCGUGGUGGACAGAGGAGGAACACGAUCGCAGCAAUGCACCAACUUUGAGCAGGAAGAUUUUGAAGGCCACAGAACUCUGUACAUCGGGGUGCACGUCCCUUUAGGUAGUACCCGGCACCGUAGCCAUCGCAGGCAUCGGCACCAUGGUAGCAAACACAAACGGAGGAGCAGAGAGUGGGCCCUCCCAUUGGUGGAGGGAAGAGAGUCUCCUACUUAUGACACUCCCUCCCAAAGGGUUCAGUUCCUCCUCGGGACAGAAGACGAGGAUGAGGAGCACAUUCCUCAUGACCUAUUCACAGAGAUGGAUGAGAUCUUCAUUAGGGAGGGCGAGAAUUCUGAAUGGAGGGAGAGCGCCAGGUGGCUGAAGUUUGAGGAGGACGUGGAGGACGGAGGAGAGCGAUGGAGCAAACCCUACGUGGCCACGCUGUCUCUGCACAGCCUGUUUGAGCUGCGCAGCUGCAUCAUCAACGGCACCGUGCUGCUUGAUAUGAGGGCUGGCACCAUUGAGGAGAUUGCAGAUAUGGUGCUGGACCACCAGGAGCUGUACUCGCCACUGGGCGACGAGCUCCGAAAGAAAGUUCAUGAAGUGUUACUGAAGGGACACCGUCACCAGAACCAGAAGAAGCUUGCCAACCGCCUGCCGAUUGUGCGCUCGCUUGCUGACAUGGGUCGACGGACGUCAGAUGUCCACCUGGACAAGAACGGUCAAAUGACAUCAUCACAGUCUCAUUUAGCUGGUCCAGAUGGGAAAGGAGAUGUUACUAGAGAAAACAGCUCCGUGGACUUAAGCAAGAUGGACCUUCAUUUUAUGAAGAAAAUCCCACCAGGUGCUGAGGCGUGCAACGUGUUAGUAGGAGAGUUGGACUUUCUCAAUAAGCCUGUUGUGGCUUUUGUCCGUCUUUCACCGGCUGUUAUUCUCAAUGGCCUGGCUGAGGUCCCCAUCGCCACGAGGUUUCUGUUUAUUCUUUUGGGACCUGUUGGAAGAAGCCCUCAGUAUCACGAGAUUGGAAGAUCCAUUGCCACUCUCAUGACAGAUGAGGUAUUCCAUGACGUUGCAUACAAAGCUAAAGACCGGAAUGAUCUGAUUGCCGGAAUUGACGAAUUCCUCGAUCAAGUGACCGUCUUGCCACCAGGAGAGUGGGAUCCAUCCAUUAGAAUAGAACCACCCAAGAAUGUACCUUCUCAGGAGAAGAGGAAGAAAAAUGCCAAUCUUUCAAACGACUUUGCUGAUGCUAAUGAAGACGAACAUGAAGGUCAUGGAGGUCCUGAACUGCAACGCACGGGGAAAUGGUUUGGUGGACUCAUUCUCGACAUCAAACGCAAAGCCCCCCACUACCUGUCCGACUACACCGACGCAUUCAGUUUGCAAUGUGUGGCUUCGUUCCUAUUCCUCUAUUGUGCCUGCAUGUCCCCUGUCAUUACCUUUGGAGGACUUCUGGGCGAGGCUACAGAAGGACGCAUAAGUGCAAUUGAGUCUUUGUUUGGAGCUUCGUUGACGGGAAUUGCCUAUUCCUUGUUUGCCGGGCAGCCGCUCACCAUUCUGGGCAGCACGGGGCCAGUGCUUGUAUUUGAAAAGAUAUUAUUCAAAUUCUGCAAGGAGUACGGCCUGUCCUAUCUGUCGCUGAGGACUUGCAUCGGUUUGUGGACGGCCUUCCUCUGCAUUGCGCUGGUUGCUACUGACGCCAGUUCGCUGGUGUGUUACAUCACUCGUUUCACGGAGGAAGCUUUCGCCUCCCUCAUUUGCAUCAUCUUCAUUUACGAGGCCUUGGAGAAGCUGGUCUAUUUGGGAGACUACUAUCCCUUUAACAAGAACAACAACCUGGACAAACUCUCCUUGUACUCAUGUUCAUGCGUUGAGCCCUCUGACCCCACCAAUGGUACUCUGAAGUACUGGGAGUUCAAUAACAUCACUGCAUCUGAGAUCUACUGGGAAGCACUGGAAGUCAAGGACUGCAUUGAAAAGCGGGGAGAGUUUGUAGGGACUGCUUGCGGUCCAAAAGGACCUUACGUCCCUGAUGUUCUGUUCUGGUGCGUCAUUCUCUUCUUUUCCACCGUCUUCAUGUCUUCGUUCCUCAAGGAGUUCAGGUUCAGAAGUUACUUCCCCACUAAGGUGAGGUCCAUCAUUAGUGACUUUGCUGUGUUCAUCACCAUCUUCACCAUGGUCCUGAUUGACUACUCUUUAGGGAUUCCCUCUCCAAAACUGAAAGUUCCAAAUGUGUUUAAGCCAACAAGAGAUGAUCGUGGCUGGUUCAUUAACCCGCUGGGACCAAACCCCUGGUGGACCGUCGUCAUCACGCUGUUCCCAGCUCUGCUGUGCACCAUCCUUAUCUUCAUGGACCAGCAGAUUACAGCUGUCAUCAUCAACAGGAAGGAGCACAAGCUUAAGAAAGGCUGUGGCUACCACCUCGAUCUUUUCAUGGUGGGGCUGAUGCUUGGCGUCUGCUCCUUGAUGGGCUUGCCGUGGUUCGUGGCGGCCACCGUCCUCUCCAUCACACACGUCAACAGCCUAAAACUAGAAUCGCAGUGCUCGGCGCCAGGCGAGCAGCCAAAGUUCCUGGGAAUUAGGGAGCAACGUUUCACUGGCCUUAUGAUCUUCGUUCUCAUGGGUUGCUCUGUCUUCAUGACGUCUGUGCUCAAGUUUAUUCCCAUGCCUGUGUUGUAUGGUGUGUUUCUCUACAUGGGAGCAUCUUCUCUCCGAGGAAUACAGUUCUUUGACCGUCUCACGCUGUUCGGCAUGCCAGCCAAGCACCAGCCAGAUUUUAUCUACCUGCGUCACGUCCCCCUGAGAAAGGUGCAUCUGUUCACUUUCAUCCAGCUCAGCUGUUUGAUUCUUCUCUGGGUCAUCAAGACCUCCAAGGCCGCCAUCGUUUUCCCCAUGAUGGUUUUGGCUUUGGUGUUCAUCAGAAAGCUGAUGGACUGCAUAUUUACAAAGAGAGAGCUAAGUUGGCUGGAUGACCUCAUGCCAGAGAGCAAAAAGAAGAAGCUGGAGGAUUCCGAGGAGGAAGAAGAGCAGAGCAUCCUGGCAGAGGAAGAAGGCGUAGUGCAAGUGCCAAUGGAGGGAUGCAAAGGAUUACCUAUCAUUAACAUCACGGAUGAGAUGUCCAAAGGUUCUUUCGGAAACACUUGGAACGCUACAAGUUAG